AUGAAGCACUCGAGAUUCCUUCUUUCUGCCGUCCUUCUCAUCUUGCUUGCCACGUUGGCAAUACUCACCUCUCUCGCACUUUUAUUCUAUGAAAUCGGCGAAUUCGAAGAUGUUGCCUGGACGGAUUUGAAAGUUUUUCAGGUAUGAAAUCAGUUAAUGAAGGCGGGAAGAUGGUUGUAUUCAGAAAUACUCGGACGAUGCGUGGCAACUGAUUAUGAAUUCGACGAGGGAAAAACGAGCAGUGUACAGAGUCAAACUGCCGCCUUGGAACGAGUACGGGCCGAGAUAUGUCCAUUUGCCCCCAUUCAACAGCUAUGCGGCACCAGAAGUCGGCGGGAGUCAGUUACAAUUUUAACUUUCUACACAAAAUCCUCCAUUUUCAGUGUCACCCCCCAUUCCUCAAUUGUGUCCACCUGGUCCUCGAGGCCGUCCGGGCCAUCCGGGUCACCAGGGUGAUGAUGGAUUGGCAGGAGAACCUGGAAGUGCUGGAGGACACGGACUGUCCCUCGCAAUGAAACUUCCCUACAACGGAUGCAUUCGUUGUCCGACGGGACCUCUCGGAGAGCCAGGUCGGCCUGGACCAAUAGGCCAUCCGGGAGACAGUGGUCAGCAGGGAAUAGACGGAAUUCCAGCGUCACGAGGUCAACCAGGAUUUCCUGGAGCAAUGGGAGAUCCUGGAUUGGAAGGGGCACCGGGACAUGCUGGAUCUUCCGGGCAGGCAGGUCGACCGGGGACCAGUUCAUUCGGGUUACCAGGACCAUCCGGUUCUCCUGGGAGACCUGGCUCAACAGGACCACCCGGAUUCGAUGGAGGGUAUCCGGUUCCCGGCGCUCCUGGUACUCCAGGACCACCAGGAAGAGAGGGACAACCGGGAGGAUCUGGAGUGGACGGGCAUCCCGGACAGGUGAGCACUUUCGGGUGAAAUUGAAUGUUAAUUACGAGGUUGAUUUAAGUCUGGAUCUCAUGGCGGCCCUGGACCCGAUUCUGGCUAUUGUCAGUGUCCACGAAGAGGGAAAAGCGACGAGUUCGCCAAUUACAAGCCGAAAUCGGCAACGACUCGCGCGCCGAUCGAUUGGAAGAGAAAGAGAAAAGUUCAUAUUUCUGCUUGA